UAUAAAUAUAUUUAUGUCAAUGUCCCUCUUAACUGGAACUGUACUGAUUGGUUGUACGCACGUUUUGAGCAUGACAUUGAACUAGAUGCUGACAACCAAUUGCUUCGGGUAAUAAGACACGAUGGAAAGGAACUUAUAAGACCAGAAAAUGCCUGGAUGACAUGGCAUAUAGAGGAUUCUCUAUUUGGGCAUUUGUUUGACCAUUGUCCAUGGUCCCUGGAUAAAUUGUUUCACAAUUAUACAUUUAUUGUUGGUCCCCUCAAUAAGUAUGAUCCAAAAGUGAAUGAGUCAAUCACAUCAAUUGAGGCUAAACUCCCAAUAUAUGGCAAACAGUAUAUUUCAACUAUCGUUGCGACUGAUGAAGACGGUGAUGGUAUAAAGUUCAGCUUUCUUGAACAUUCCGACUACUUCCAAAUUGAUAGCAAUAGUGGAGUUAUCACAGCAGUUCAAAAUAUAGACUCAUUGAUUGGUAAACAAACUAUUCACGUUGGAGUUGAAGAUGAUGGAAUUCCAUCAAGGAAAAGUAUUAGUGUUAUUGAUGUAAUAUUUGAAACUGCUGAUAUAACAACUAACGAAAUGACAUCACAUCACACAGCCGAAACAACAACUGCAACAGUCCAUAUAGAAUAUACUACGGUGACAUCUGCUACAAAUACAAUAACAAAAGCAACGCCACUCGAUAACACAGUCAACCCCACAAGUGGAAUCAUCCAUACAGCACGUACCCCAAUACUAUCUUCUACUGAUGGCACCACAAAUAUGAGAACUGGAUACACAGCCGAAACCACCGACAGGAUAAUCCAUACGGAAGGUACCCCAAUGAUAUCUGCUACUGAUGGCACCACAAAUGCGACAAGGACUGGCCAGAUGACCGAAACCACAGAUGAAAAAAUCCAAACAGACCAAACUGCAACCGACAUCCACAGGAAUGCUACAGCAACUACGAUCCCCUGGUCUACACUUGAAGAUACUUAUACAACAACACCUAGCACAACGACAUCCAUGAAGCCUAUCGUGACUUCUUGGUCAUCAACUCCUUCCAAUAACUCUGGGUUGCUUUCACUGUUGUUGAAGUUGGAUAUGCUGUGGAAGGCUGUGUUUAGUGACGGCAAUGCUUCUGAAACGAGCAGUUUGACAGAUUCAAUAUUGCGACUAUUAAACGAUGCAUUCCAAGGAGUGCCAAAUUUUUUAAAAGUCAUCAUAGACAAUUUAAGGCCUGGCAGUGUAAUAGUGAAACUAGGAGUUAUAUUGACAGAGAAGGCUGACAAUAAAACUGCAAAUCAAACCUGUGAUGUUUUGAAAAAAUACUUGGAGACUGUAAACUACACGAUCGUAGGAGAGAA